AUGCGCUAUCGAGACCAUAUUGCUCUGACCCUCCCCUCGCUGCUCCUGCGUAUCGUCCUCGCGAUCACCUUCCUCUGGGCCGGGACCGGAAAGAUCAUCGGAACCACAACCACACAAGGCGACAACGCCGCUCGUCUCGCGAAUCUCGGAGUCAGCUUCCUCCCUGAUUCCCCUGCCGACCAAGACACCGAAUCCGACCUUCCAGAUGAACCAGUGAAUCCGCUUCCUGAAUCCGAUUCUGAUGUUCAAGAGCAGAUCGAUGAUCUGGAAUCACAACCGCCCCAAACCCCCACUGAAGCAGAUCCAGAGGCAACACAAGAAAGCACAGAAGUAGACGCACCCGAGCUUAGAGCAUUCAACACGCAACAACCACAGUUCGUGCAUGUUGUUCAGUCCACCGCGCCAGCUGUGGGAUCAGACUAUCCCGAUCCUGUCCGCAUCAAGAAUGUCUACAAGAUCACACUCCUGCUCGACCACGCGACCUCACCCGGCUUGACUGAAGACUCACAACCGAUUACCCCGACCAUGCCUUCUUGGAUGGGAAGCGGGAAGAUGCCCGUGUAUGCCGCUUGGGCAACCGCGAUCACCGAACUCGCUGCCGGGCUCUUUCUCCUCAUAGGACUCUUCACACGACUCAGCGCCCUUUCCGUCGCGAUCGUGAUGCUCGUCGCGAUCUGGACCACCAAUAUCGGUCCCGCUGCUCUCCAGUCCAGCGACGCGAUUCUCGGAUUCAUCCCGCACGCCGAAGAUCCUUGGAAUCCUGCUUCGUAUUCAACAUUGCUCUGGCAGUUCGCGAUCAUCAUGAUGUCGUUGAGUGUGUUCUUGCUCGGCGCUGGACCCCUCUCGAUGGAUCGUCUGAUCUUCCGACCUGGACGCCGUGAUCCGUAUGUCGCGGGAACUCCGGAACGCAAGCAACCAAAGAUCAAGCAGGACCCUCCCGCUCCAGCAGCGGAUCGAAGCUCGUGGGCCCUCCCUCCCGGCGUGUCCAUCGUUGUGCACACCUCGCUCAUCGCGCUGCUUGUCGUUGUAGGAUCACGAGCCGCGUCGCUCGCGCAGUCCAACGAGAAAGCGACCAAACUCCCGCUCGCGGAGAUCGAGUUCUCUGCGCCAAUCCAGAGCACCCCACCAUCGAAGCAGCAGGAGCAGUCUGAAUCAUCCAACUCCUCAUCUGAUGCGAAUCAAUCAAACGACCAGCCUGUUCAGUCAGAGCCGAGUGUGCUGGAUCGAAGCGCUCGAGCGCUCUCGGACACCACGCCAGUCGCAUCCCAAGCGAUGAGCGCCGCGACACUUGAUCAGCUCUCUAAACAAUCCUCCGCCCUCUCCGCCGAACCUUCAUCAGCGCCAACACCCAUCAGCUUUGCUGGAGUCUCGACAGGAGCCGCGCGUUCGAUCGUGUAUGUCGUGGACACCUCCGGUGCAACACUCACUUCGCUGAGCUACAUCCGUGAACGCCUGCUCCAGUCCAUCGAUCGUCUAAGCCCAACCCAACGCUUCCAAGUGAUCGCGUUCCGUAAACUCGAAGGCUCUGACUACGCAAUCCCGAACUUGCAAACUUCACGCAACAAGCUCCCACGAGCCACCCGCGAGAACAAACAAGCCGUCGCGGAUUGGCUCUCCAAGAUGCCGGCGCGUGGACAGUCCAACCCCGUCGAUGGACUCGCGGCCGCGAUCGAGCUUGAACCCGACAUGAUCCUGCUCAUCUCGCGCGGGAUCCAGCGCACCGAAGCGCCAUGGGCAGGAGGACUCAAGCAUGUCCGCCAACGACUCGACGAACUCAAUCCGCUCGAUCCUGUCAAAGGGACGCGUCCCGUCGUCAUCAAGACCAUUCAACUCCUCGAUGAAGACCCCACAGGGAUCAUGCGCACCAUCGGAGUCUUCCACGGCGAUGGACUCAACGAUCACCAAGUCAUCACCUACAACCAACUCGCGAAUCCCGAUCCUGAGCCCCUCCCUCCACCUCCAACCAAUGCUGAUGCGCGUUUGAGCGGCGCCGAAGAUCAGAUCGUCGGACUCAAAGCAUCCGGCGCGUACUACCGAUCGCUCUACGCACACACACUCAACGAUGAUCAAUCCAUGAUCAACGAAGCACUGCGGCGCAUCCACCAGAUGCUCUCCGGCGCGGACCCAGAAGACCCACGCGCCGCACUGCUCAUCGCUGAAGCGAACUUGCUUGGGAGCACUCAGUUCAACAGCGUUGAUUUGAUGAACACCAUCCGCACAACGCUGGACGAGUCCGUGUUUGUUUCACCAGAACUCGAUGCACGCCGGCGCAUCAUCCUCGCAAUGCUGAGAUCAGGAAGCGAUCCUCAGCAGAGCGUCCAAUCUCUCAAAGCACUGCUGAGCGAACGUGAUCAACUCAACAUUUCAGACCUCACCGCCGCGAGUGCAGUGCUCGCGCUGUCGAUGCACGAGGAACCCGAUUCCCAGCUGCUCGACACCUCCCCAUUCACGACCGAUCCUGCGUGGACGCUACUGCACGCACAAACGCGCUCGUGGUCGAUGCUCCAAAGCGACCCUCUCAGCGCGUUUGACCCGCUUCUUGAUCUGCGGGCGCUGCUCCCACACCUUGAGCCGCUCAUCGACCGCUCGAUCGCGUCGAUGGUCAACGAGCUUCGGCUUGAUCAAACCAAUACCAACAAGAUCAAUCUGCUCCCACAACUCGUCCGAUUCAUCGACGCGCGUGCUCGGCUCACGAGCACCAACACCGACGACAAGCAAUACGCGAUCGAAACGCUCCUUACGCUCGCGCGAUCCGAAGAUCAGAAACUCACCGAGGACUCGCUUUGGCUCGCGUGUUUGGGCGCUCGCGCCCUCAACACACGCGACUCACACAGCGUGCUCAUCCAAGCCGCAUCCAAACUCGCAGAUCGAUUCCCGGCUCAUCCUGGCGCCGCGGACGCACUCGCAGGAGCGAUCGACACCGCUUCGGCAUCCAAAUCUCCGCUCAUCACCCCACUACUGCGACAAGCGAUCAGCACUUACCCCGAUCGCAUCGAAAUCGACCUCUGGAAACUCCAGCUCAUUGGACUCACCUCAGGACAAGAACAAGAGUCCCUGAUCCGCUCUCUCACUCCUGCGACGCGUGAAUCGGAUCUGGGAGCACAGAUCCUCCACGAGAACGCGCUCAAUGAGCGUCCAUUCAAUCCGCUUCAGCACGCAAUCCAGACCGCUGAUGUGCUCGAUCGACUCCGUUCGCCGUUAUCCACGCAUUGGCACCGGACCGCCGCGGCGCUGGAAGUGGACACCGAUCCCACCUCCGCGACGAUCCGACUCUCACGUCUUGUGCACAACUCCGUCGAUCCCGAAGAUCCGGAGCUGGAACUGCUCUAUGCGCGAGCGCUGAUCGGCGCCGACCAACCAAGCCGCGCUCUUGAGCGGCUCACCCAACUCGCAUCCGCACUCAACAGCAACGACUCCAAACACUUCUGGCACGCGUGGACACUCAUCAUCGAAACCACCAUCGCUCACGGCAACGACGCAGACAAAGAGAAUGCACGCGCCCACCUCACACGCCUCAAGCUUAUCGAUCCAAAACUCGGACCAGAACCGUAUCAAUCGCGCCUCAUCCGAGCACAAUCCACGCUACACUCAGAGCCGUGA